AGCCUGUACUUUACUGUACUGUAACCCAUGUAUUUGGACUGCUGAGAUGGACGCUUCUUCUAACAUUUCCAAGCGUCCACCGGAACCCACCACCACCGCCCAGACUAGCAUGGAGUCCACAGCCAAGCGGCGCCACCUGUCGGGCGAGAGCAGCCUCUUCCGGCUCCUCUGCCCGACCACCAAAACCGCCUCCCUCGUCGGCCACAUCCGCCACCUCCAAACCCUCACGAACACCAAGAUCCUCAUCAAAUCAUCUUCAUCUGAGGAAGAGUGCGUCAUUCACAUCCUCUCCGACGAAGACAGCAUUGGUACCACCAACUCCGCGGAGGAGGAGGAGGCGGGGUGCUCACCGGCUCAGCAGGCUUUGCUGAGGAUCUUCGAGAGGAUGGUGAGGGCGAUCGGCGAUGAAGAUCAGAGAGAGAAAGAGAAGGAUGGAGAAUGGGAUGGUUUGAAUAGUGGUGGUGUAUGUUGUAGGUUGCUGGCGGGGAGUAAUCAGGUUGGGUGUGUGCUGGGGAGAGGAGGGAAGAUUGUAGAGAAGAUAAGGCACCAGAGUGGGGCUCAGGUUAGGGUUUUUCCCGAGGAUCAUCUCCCGCCAUGUGCGUUCCCGGCCGACGAAUUGAUUCAAAUAACAGGAACCUUCUCAGCUGUAAAGAGAGCACUCCUGUCUAUUUCAAGUUGUCUUCAGGAUAACCCUAAGGUUGAUGCAGUCGACUCUGGUUCUACCAAACCUUCACUGGCAAUUAUACAUGGAACUUCUGUGCCACUACAGGCUGACCCUUUUCCUCAACGGGGUUAUGCAUCUAGCCUUCAUGCUCCAGAUUAUCAAUUGAGGGGUUACUCUUCUGUUCCAGGGCCUGAAAAUUUUGGCACUGGCCACAGGAUGGUUCUGGAAGAAGAGGUGGUAUUUAAGUUGUUAUGCCAACUUGAAAAAGUUGGUAGUCUAAUUGGGAAAGGUGGCUGUAUAAUACGGGCUUUGCAAAAUGAAACGGGUGCAUCGAUUAAGAUUGCUGAUGCCGCACCUGAUUCAGAUGAGCGGGUUGUUGUGAUAUCUGCACGAGAGAAUUCUGAGCUGAAACAUUCUCCAGCACAGGAAGCUGUUAUUCGAGUGCAUUGUAGAAUUGCAGAGAUUGGAUUUGAACCUGGCGCUGCAGUUGUUGCUAGGCUUCUUGUACAUUCACAGCAGAUAGGAUGUUUAUUGGGUAAAGGAGGUUUUAUUAUCACUGAAAUGAGAAGAGCUACUGGUGCUAGUAUACGCAUUUUUCCUAAGGAACAAGUUCCGAAGUGUGGUUCCCCAAAUGAUGAAGUUGUACAGGUUAUUGGAAGUUUGCAAUCUGUACAGGAUGCUUUAUUUCACAUCACAAGCAGACUUCGGGAAACCAUAUUUCCAAUGAAACCACCCCCUCCAAAUUUUAGUGCCCCACCUUACUUUUCUCCUUUUCCAGAAAUUCCUUCUUUUUUCCGACCAAGGCAUAACCCAGCUUCCCCCGGUAACUAUCCUUCUCCUGUUGGACAUCCUCAUGGACAUGACCGUUCUGCCAUUGCAUCCCAACCCCUUGAUCACCACCCUACAUUUUCACAUAGUAUGGAUCGCAGUGGUCCAUCUAACAUGGACCGAGUUCCCUAUCCUUAUGGAAGUGAGAGACCAGGACAUGUUUUUGACCGGCCAUCUUCUUCUCCAAGAUCCUGGACUCCUCAGGCAGUUGGCAGUGGGAAUCAUAGGGGAACAGCUGAUUUUUUGGGCUUGGCUCCAAAAAAUGGGCCUGUUGGAAGCGGAAGUCAAAUGCCCAUUUUGACCAGCACAAACAUCGAGAUCACAAUUCCCCAAAUAUUGUUGAGACAUGUUCAUGGAGAGAACAACAGUAGCCUGACUCAGAUCCAGCAGACCUCAGGCGCAAAGGUGUUGAUUCAUGACCCAAAACCUGGGGCUACAGAAGGGGUGGUUAUAGUUUAUGGGACACCAGAACAAACGCAUGCUGCCCAGAGUCUUAUUCAAGCUUUCAUUCUUUGUGGGCAGACGCCACCUUUGACAAUCGGUUCUGAUAAGUGGCAAGCUAUAUAGAAGAUUGGAAGGAUAGAUAUGCCUUUUUCUUUUCUUCAGGUGAGAAUAGAGAAAGAUCUCUACAUCGAGUAUAAAUUCUAUAUUUAAUUAUGCAAUCGAAGUAUGUUGCCAUGUUGGAUCCGUUUUUUGGUGAAUGAAAUCGAGAUCCCGUGUUUACGUUACCAAA